AGAAGCUCGAGACGUCAGUUGAACAUGGCGUUGAGCUCGAGAGCUGUCAGCAGUCUACAGGGGGAAACAACCGCCGCCGCCGCGGACACUGCGCGUCUCUGAGAGCCGGCGACCGAUUAACGGGGACCGCCGAAGCACAUUUUACGCUCCCGGUGCCAUCCCUUUUCUUUUUUAAAUUUGUUUUUUAUUCAUCCAUUUUUUUAAUUUCUCUUCCUACUUCUGGGAUUUGAACGUUACGCCGAGGAAGAAGAGGAAAAGAGGAGGUCUGGAGAGCAGAGUUGACAGUCAGUCAGUCAGUGAGGUUACAGGAGAUCAGGUCCAAGGGCGGCUCAGCUAUUAGCUCCUGUCUGCUUCUGAAUUUAAACUCACCUGAGCGUCGUAUGCCAAGUUUAAUAUAUUGUUUUUAUACUCGUUAAGAAGAAAAAGCAGAGAGAGAGAGGAAACAUGUCAGAUAACCAGAGCUGGAACUCGUCCGGUUCCGAGGAGGACAUCGAGCCCAGAGAGGAGUCUGCACAUCUCGUUGGUAUCGUCGACUUAAACGGAGUCCUCAGUAAGUGGACAAAUUACAUCCACGGAUGGCAGGAUCGUUGGGUGGUCCUGAAAAACAACACGCUGAGCUACUACAAGUCUCAGGAUGAGACGGAGUACGGCUGUCGGGGUUCCCUCUGCCUUAGCAAAGCUGUUAUUACUCCCCAUGAGUUUGACGAAUGCCGGCUGGACAUAAGUGUAAACGACAGUGUGUGGUACCUAAGAGCACAAGACCCAGAGCACAGACACCAGUGGAUUGAUGCCAUUGAGCUGCAUAGGAGUAUCAGAGAGGGGAGGAGAGAGAAGGGAGGAGUCCAGGGAACAAUAAUCAUCCCUCCACCACUGGCUGAUUCUGGAUAUGGCUCAGAGUCCAGUCUGCGGAGACAUGGCUCCAUGCUGUCUCUCACAUCAGCCACCAGCGGCUACUCCGCCACCUCCACGUCCUCCUUCAAGAAGGGUCACAGCCUGAGAGAGAAGCUGGCAGAGAUGGAGACCUUCAGAGAUAUCCUGUGCAGGCAGGUGGACACGCUUCAGAAAUACUUUGAUGGCUGCGCAGACGCCGUGUCGAAGGAUGAGCUCCAGAGAGAUAGAAUCGUGGAGGAUGAUGAAGAUGACUUCCCCAACACACGGACAGACGGAGAGUUUCUGCACAACAACAAUGGCAGCAAAGAGAAAUUGUUCCAGUCCUUGAGUCCCAAGGGAAUCAAUGGCAUAGACUUUAAGGGUGAGGCCAUCACAUUCAAGGCCACCACAGCUGGGAUCCUGGCCACUCUGUCCCACUGUAUCGAUCUCAUGGUGAAGAGAGAAGACAGCUGGCAAAAGAGAGUGGAUAAGGAGAUGGAGAAGAGGCGAAGAAUAGAGGAAGGCUAUAAAUCAGCCCUCAAUGAGUUGAAGAAAAAGUCUCACUUUGGAGGUCCAGAUUAUGAGGAGGGUCCAAACAGCCUCAUCAACGAGGAUGAAUUCUUCGACGCAGUUGAAGCUGCUCUUGACAGACAGGACAAAAUAGAAGAGCAGUGUCACACUGAGAAGACGAGGAUACAGAGGUCCAGCCCAGUCCCCCCUGGAGACGUCUAUUCCAGCGCUGGCUCACACAGAUUCUCUGGCAAGCCUCAUAGUCAGUCCUCCCCUCCUCUGAUAGUCAUGGCCCCUCCUCACGAUGUCCACAGAUUCAGCGCAGAGGUGGAGGAGAUGGUGCAGAAUCACAUGACCUACUCCCUCCAGGAUGUUGGUGGAGAUGCCAACUGGCAGCUGGUUGUAGAAGAGGGAGAAAUGAAGGUGUACAGGAGAGAGGUGGAAGAAAAUGGGAUCGUUUUGGACCCGCUGAAGGCCACCCACUCAGUAAAGGGGGUGACCGGUCACGAGGUCUGCCACUACUUCUGGGACACUACCUACCGCAACGACUGGGAGACCACCAUUGAAAACUUCAAUGUUGUGGAGACGUUGUCAGACAACGCAGCAAUCGUGUAUCAAACGCACAAGAGAGUGUGGCCUGCAUCUCAGAGGGACGUGCUGUACCUGUCUGCCAUGAGAAAGAUCUUGGCCAACAAUGAGAAUGACCCAGACACCUGGCUGGUCUGCAACUUCUCUGUGGAUCACGACGAUGCACAGCCAUCCAGCAGGUGCGUCCGUGCCAAAAUCAACAUCGGCAUGAUCUGCCAGACCCUGGUCAGCCCACCAGAGGGAGAUAAAGAGAUCAGCAGAGACAACAUCCUGUGUAAAAUCACCUACGUCGCCAAUGUGAAUCCCGGAGGCUGGGCUCCUGCCUCCGUGCUCAGGGCCGUGGCUAAGAGAGAGUACCCCAAGUUCCUCAAGCGCUUCACCUCCUACGUCCAGGAAAAAACUGCUGGCAAACCCAUCUUAUUCUAAAUCACAGUGUUGAGACCCGAGGACAGAACUGCACGAGAGGCUUUGAGGAUCUUCCCACUGACUGUUGCUCUGCUGCUGUGAACGGACAAGCUCCUCAAAGUGAUUUCUUUCCUCCCAGUUCUUAGCUACAAGUUAGUUCCAGUAGAAGAGGAAAGGUCAUAAUGGUGCCCUCUGGUGGCUGCAUUCAAACAUCUGGGAGACAACCUUCGACCUCUGAGAGACAUUCAUAUGAAAGAAUAUGAUCAUGGUUUAUCAUAAGCAUUUCAAAAGAAACGUAUUUCCCUUCAUUAGUAUUUGAUCAAUUAAAUAACAAAUUACUGUCAUUUAAAAGGAGAUUAUGAUAUUAUAAUUAUAUAUUAGAGUGUCAAUAUAAAAUCCAGUGUUUUUGUUUGUGUCCUGAGAUGGAUGCACCCAGCAGGGGGCCCAGUUUACCUUCCCUCCCACAUGAAAGUUCUAGCAGCAGCUCGUAACGCCACAGUUGAUGCCAUCUUUCAUGCUCAUGUAGAGGAGUAGCCAACAUGUCAGGUCGCGUCUCUUUUCUUACAGAUAUAUUAAUAUAUAAAUGUAUGUAAAAUGUAUGUAAAAAAAGAAACAGAUCUUUGCUAAUAGACUGAACUAUUUUAUUCUUGCCAUUUAUAGUUCCUAUAUUGUGUUGAUUUUUCAUAAUUAGUCAUUUCCCAGCUUUCUUUUAAAGCUGCUAACAUUUGCUAGUAAAACCUUAUUGAUUGAUUUGAGAUGAAUGUCGUCUCAUUUGUAAUAAGUCCAGAGGCAGAGGGCUGUCAUCAGCUCAUGACCCCUAUGACAUAAGACUUGACCUUUUUGACACCGUCCCUCUCAUGAAGACACCUCUCAUUGGUGCUGACGGAGCGACACGUUGAUGGGAGAUUUGUCAUAUAUUUAAUGUACAAAAGUCUGUGUACAUUAUUUGCUUGGCUUUACAUUUGCGUCAUUGUACAACGUUGUAGCGUCAUAGCACAUAUUUUGAAUGUUGUAAAUAGUGUCACUAACAUUUCUCUGAAGGUCUGAAAAUCAUUUUUGUGACUGAGUCUAGCCCAAAUGCCUUAGUGUUGCAGGAAAAUAUAGUUACAGAUGCAAUAAAGGGUGCUGUUAAUGCACCUAUGAAAUCAAUAGUGAAGUGCCUCGUGGCUAAAUUCCCCUUAUUCUCCAUUUAAAAUCUGUCCUUCAAUAUAUUUACAGAAUGAACAAAGCAGGUGACACUUCAUUUGUGUUUUCCCACAGAGGGCUAGCAGCAGCAUUUUUACUUAAGUUCUUGUAUUCUUAGGACUCAACCUUUCUGUCAGUGUGCCUGGUGGUUGUUACACGUGCUGGCAUGUACUGGCACUUAAAAGUACUGAACCCAUUCUGUUACUAUAGUCAAGUUAAGGUGUCUGUAACAUGAAUUUUCUGUCUGAAAAUGUUGCUAAUGCGAGUGCAGGGCUGCAAAGUCCAGAGUUCAGCGAGGAUCUACUGUUUAAGUACAGGAGUGGAUUUUUAUAGGAACAGUGUACUUUUACAAUCCCUUAUUAGAUGUUUUAUUUGCUCAUCCUUACACAUUUCCUGAAACAGUAACUCUGGACACAAGGGGAUGGUUUUGAAGCGUACACAAUUUGGUUUAAGUUUUCAUUUUCCAGACUAUACUUUUUUUAAAGUAAAAGUAGCAGUACUGCUACCUGAAUGCAUUUUUAGUAGUAUUUCCUGUGGACAGCACAAAAUGUUUAUGGGUCAUAUCAAUGAUGAGAGAUGUGUAGCCAUUUGAUCAGCCUCCACUCUUUGGUUUUAGAGCUUUUAGCAGAACGAGGUGGGUGAGAGUGAAGCCAGAUGAUACUCAGCCUCUCAGCUAAGUGGAAAAAAGCUAGGCUGAAGCUCUUCCGCCUGAAGCAGACAUUUCUAGUUAUUAAAACUGAAUGUAAUUAGAAACGCAUUUUUGUAAAUAAUUUGUUCAUACUAAUGCUGUGGGAUCAACUUACAAAUGUACUGUGACAGCAUCGCAUUUCUGCCCUGUUUUAAAAGUGAAAUAAAUAAGUUUAUCCUCCA